GAACUGGAGAUUACACCCAGAAGGACUCCAGGAGCCGAAAAUAUACCUGCUCUAAAUGGCACCCGUUUGAGCUCUAAAGACAAUGGUGUAUCUGGGUUAGCAUAUGAUGGAGAUGGAACGCAAGAUGGGGAACUUGUCAGAAGGUCUUGGUCAGUAAGCUUGGACCAGGUUAGCGUCUCCACCAGGGACCAGCAAAAGCUUCAGGCUGUUUUGGCUUCUGUGGCAUCCAAAUCAGAUAUCAUUACUCUGAUUCAGGAAGCAAAAGCACAAGUGGAGCGGAAGGAAGAUGUGUAUUUUGUGGUACUGAAUAAAGAAGAGGGAGCCGGACUGGGCUUUAGCAUUGCUGGAGGAGUGGACUUGGAGCAGAAAUCCGUCAUUGUGCACAGAGUUUUCUCAAAAGCGGCCUCAUCACAAGACGUCACGGUGGAGAGAGGGGAUCGCAUACUGUCCAUCAAUGGCUGCUCUCUGCACGGGGCGCCCCACGGUGACGCUCUGAGCGCUCUGCACAAAGCCAAGCUGCACAGAGAGGCCGUCAUCGUCAUCCGAAAGGAAAGCGAAAGGGAGAAGCAAAACCGGUCAGAAUCGUCCGCCGCGAUGGGAGGAAGACACUCCACAUCUGGAAGAGAUGUCUCCAUGGCGACAGGACCAGCACACUUGGAUUUGCGGGACGCCAUGUGCGUGGAACUUCACAAGACAUCUGCCGGGCUGGGCUUCAGUCUGGAUGGUGGGAAGGCUUCUAUAUACGGAGACCGGCCUCUCUUCAUCAAAAGGAUCUUUAAAGGUGGCGCUGCUGAGCAAGAAGGAAGAAUAGAAGCAGGAGAUGAAAUCAUUUCAAUUGGUGGAAAGACUUUGAUUGGUCUCAUGCACUACGACGCCUGGAAUAUCAUUAAGUCUGUUCCAGAGGGACCUGUGCAGUUAUUGAUCAGGAAGCACAGGACUGCAGUAUGA